CAAGUAAUAAUGUCGGGGCUGGGUCUUUGCUAGGGUUUAAUAGUGCGUUUGCAGCUGCCACUCUCUUUUUCUCCUUUCUUUUCACACAGCCGCAACUUCUUCUUUUUCUUCUUCUUCUUUCACACAAUUUUUUUGAUUUCCCGACAAUCACAAAGCCGUGUCCUUUCCCAUCCACGGAUUGUUGUAUCCUCUGGGUUUUGUAAAUGGAGGUUGCUACGAGCAGCACCGAUUUCGGGAUCCAAACGGAUCGUGAUCCGUCGAGCAGCAACGGAUCCUGCGCCGUUGCUUCUUCUACCGCUUCAGCCGUGUUCAGAAAGAUCGAGUUUCAUCCCGCUAGGAAACCCUUUAAUGGUUUCUCUAAUGGGCGUUCUGAUUUUAAGAUCGAGACUUUGAAUCCAUGCUCCGCUAACAAGCGACUGUUGUCUCCACCUUCCGCUAAGAAACCCGAAGCUUCCGAUUUGUUGGAAAAUGGGUUCGAUCCUGAGCUUACCUUUAGCAUUACCUUCCGCAAAAUUGGUGCGGGUUUGCAGAAUCUCGGGAACACAUGUUUUCUCAAUUCCGUAUUGCAAUGUCUCACAUACACUGAGCCUUUAGCUGCUACCCUGCAAACCGCUGCGCAUCAGAGAUAUUGUAAUGUUGCUGGAUUUUGUGCUUUAUGUGCGAUCCAAAAACAUGUCAGGACUGCCAGGCAAGCUACUGGCAGAAUAUUAGCACCAAAAGACUUGGUCUCAAACUUGAGAUGCAUAUCCCGAAACUUCAGAAAUUGUCGGCAGGAGGAUGCACAUGAGUACAUGAUCAAUUUGCUAGAAUGCAUGCACAAAUGUAGUCUUCCUUCUGGUGUACCUAGUGAAUCCUCUGAUGCUUACAGGAGAAGUUUGGUACACAAAAUUUUUGGUGGUAGCCUUCGAAGUCAGGUGAAAUGCGAGCAAUGUUCCCAUUGCUCCAACAAAUUUGAUCCAUUUCUUGACUUAAGUCUAGAUAUUUCCAAGGCAGAUUCGUUGCAGAGAGCACUUUUACGUUUCACUGCUGUUGAGCUAUUAGAUGAUGGUGCAAAGGUUUACCAAUGUGAAAGAUGCAAGCACAAAGUCAAGGCUAGAAAGCAGCUUACUGUUUCUAAAGCACCAUAUGUUUUAACCGUUCAUCUUAAGCGGUUUGAAGCACACAGAUCCGAAAAAAUUGAUAGGAAAGUCCAGUUUACCUCUGCAAUUGAUAUGAAACCUUUUGUUAGUGGUCCCCAUGAAGGCAAUCUGAAGUACACUCUGUAUGGUGUUUUAGUUCAUUAUGGUCGAAGCAUCCAUUCUGGUCACUACGCCUGCUUUGUUCGCACAUCAAGUGGCAUGUGGUAUUCCCUUGAUGACAAUAGGGUUGUCCAAGUUAGUGAGAAGGUCGUGUUUGAUCAGAAGGCAUAUAUGCUAUUCUAUGUUCGUGAUAGACAAAAUGUUGUUCCUAAGAAUGCAGUCCCCUUGGUUAAGAAAGAAAGCCUUGCCACAAACAGAGCAUCUUUGAUUGUGUCUUCUAACAUAAAAGAUCAAGUGGAUGGCCCAACAGUUAUCAAAGAAUGUGGUUUUGACGCUCUUGUUUCCAAUGGUUCAGUACCUUUGAAAUCAUGUGAUCUAAGUGCCCCUGCUGUCUUUGCUCAGAAAGAUCUAAACGCCAAAGGGACACAAAAAAAUCCUAUGAGUAAUGUGGAGGCAAAAGAGACCCUUAAGAUGGAAAAUGGUUCAGUACCCAGAAAAACAUGUGAUCCAGCUGCUCUCACGGUUUUAAUUCAGAAAGACUUAAAUACCAAAGCGACCUUCCAAAAGGAAGUGUCACUUCCGCAGGCUAAUGGGGCAGGAUCUUUGGUAAAGGAGGAUUCAAAGGCUCCAUGUCCAGUAUUACCAGGGAAGGUGUCUCCCCUCCUGGAUGUAAGCACAAAUGCCCAAAUUCUUGUGAACACGCCUUCUUCUGGAGCAAACUCUGAAAAUAGUGUUGAAGAGAAGAACUCUGUUAACAAUUCAAACGAGUCUGCUAAUACACUGAAGGUUGGAAAUGUGUCAUUUGGUAAUUCAUCUAUUGAAAAAGUUGUUCUUAUUGAUCAGACAAAGGGACAGCUCCCGGAAAAAUUGGCCAAUUCGAUUGAGUCGAUAAAGUCAACUUCUGAGAGGGAUACGCUCACCACACUCAGAAAGACUCGCAAGCGUAACAUGAAAACUCUGCCGGUGGGAUUAAAAUUUUUUAAUUUGGCCUUGGGCUUAAGGAAAACAAAGAAACAGAAAAGGGGAAGGUUAAGUGGUACCUUAGCUGUCAAGAUUAUCUCUAAAGAGCUCCAAUCCAAGAAAAAAGCAGCAGAUCAUGAGCAGUCCACUUCACAGUUAACUAGCGAAGUUGCUUCUGGUUCUACUUGCUUGGAAGGAAAGGAUUCAAGUGUUAGUUUCCAUAGUAAAAUGGUCACGAGUAGUAAUAGGAAUAUGUUGGUUGGCGACGAGUCUGAAGCAAGCCAAAACGCCAAAAGAAAGAGAGAGUCCUCAAUCUUGUUACAGAAAGAAGCUGUGAGCAUUCUCACGCGGGGUGUGCCAGAGACAGUGGUUGCCAAGUGGGAUGAGGAAUUUUCAGUUUCAAAGAAGAUGGGAUCAAAGAGGGAAGACACAAGCAUCGGUUAUGUAGCAGAUGAGUGGGAUGAAGAAUAUGACAGAGGGAAGAAAAAGAAGAUAAGGAUUAAAGAAGAGAGCUAUGGAGGGCCUAACCCGUUCCAGAUGCUUGCAUCUAAGAGAUUAAGAGAGACAAAGAAGAAAUGGACAGAACGCAUAACUACUGCAAAGACGGCCUUCAGGAUAUGAAUGACCAUAAUCGAUACAUAUAUGUAAUCCACAUGUUGAGUAAUGUUAACAACAGAGGAAAAGAGAGGCUAUAGGCAUUAGACAUCGCUUGUUAUCUCUUCAACUCUCAGUUUUGUUCCAUUUGUGAUGAACAAAGACAUAUCCCAUCACCUGUUUUUUGAGUGAGAUUAUCUACUUUUUCUUUCCUUCUUAAUU